CUACAGCGAUAACGUAUCCGACAACGUUAUUAUUUUCAACACUGAUACACAACUUUUGAAGAUAGAAUACAAGAAUGGCAUUGGAACUGUUGAAAGGAUACCCAGCUGGCAAACUAAUGGCUAUGUUAGCAAUACUGUUCCUUCGAAAAAGUUGGACAAUGGCGCUACCAUUUGUUACUCAAGAAGCGACGUCUAGACCUUGGACUCAGCCAUGUACUCCGUAUGCGAAUACGGACAGUGCUAUAGACAUACACAUAGAUUCAGAAGACACUUCUUCCAUAUUAAACAGAUUGAAAUAUGAAACAAAAGAAACAUUUUAUCAUGUAACGUACUUGGAAAAAGCUAUGGCCGUUAGAUUUAAUGAUGCAGAAAUAGUUUCAUAUCUUGAAAUGAAAACUCUUUCCGGUUUUCCCGAGAUACCAAGCAGUCAGAACAGCACACAGAAUAAAAGUGAUUUGUAUAGUGAGGUUUUUGUGGCACUGUCAAAGGUAGCAGUAUUCCUGGAACAAAUGCAAACAGAUGAAGAUAAUUCAGAAAUGAAAUAUGAAUUAGAGGAUUUACAAUCUGAGAAUUUCUCACAACUCUGUGAUCUACAAAUGUGGCUUCGUUCUACUGGUGUAAACGAAACGUUUGAGACACUUCGUUCUGUCAUGCCUCAUAAACUACGUCAUGUUGGCAACACAUUUAAAAGAUAUGAAAGAGAUUUCGUAGUUGUUUCCAGAUAUGGAAAACUUCUUCGUCGCUAUCAGGAUUAUUAUAAUUAAUUGGAACAACCCUGUUAUAUUUUCUUUUCCACCAAACACAAAUAUCACCCUUAUUCAAGAAUGAAUAUCUAAAUAUUGGAUUAUAUUAAUCUGAAGUAUAUUCAUAUAUAUUAUUUUUCAAGAACAUUAAUAAAAAUAACAGAACAUAUCUCAUUCAACAUAUCAUAUACAGUUCAAACUUAAAAUAACUGGGCUGACCUACAAAAUCUACAAAUUAGUAGAUUAUUUAGAUAAAAAUAAUUUUUUUUUUUUUCACAAUUUGCCUAGCAAAAUAUGCUAAAUUUCCAUAUUUCAUACCAAAAAUUUAAAUCGAGAGAUACGUUUGUUCAUUGUUAAUAUUUAGAAUAUAUAAAUUGUAAGGAUUAAAAUCGCACAACUUGCAGCAUUCCACUCGAAACAUUCCUGGCAUUACUUGGUUGGUUUCCUUGAAUAACGGUGCUCGUGUAUCUCCCAAAAUAUACUGGUGCUUUUAAAGAAGAACAAGGGAUUAGGGCAAUAUAUAAGUGAUUUAAAUUUCCUAUUGAAUAUUUAUAAUUUAUACUCUCUCGGAAAGGCGAGAAUCUCACAAAAGCUUUUUAAACAGCAUUCACAUACCGGUGCUUUUAUAUGAUUAUUUAUUAUAAUUUAUGCUUUUAAUUUAUAUUAAAUUUUAACACGUCUAUUUAAUUGAUUGUAUAAUGUCUCUCUUCCCCCCCACAUUCCAUUUUUAUAUAACUUUGUUCAUUCCAACCCCACGUUUUGUAACCCCUGUCUGUAACGGUUUUAUUGUAUAUAUGAAAAGGUCUGUUGGUUAUAAUAAAAAGUAACA